ACACUAUCUUUCAAUCUUUGGCUUCAUCCUUCAGCUCACUCCCAUCCCAUUAUAGCUGCUCCUAACUAUUUCUAUAGAGAGAGCUAGAGAGAGAUGCCUAAGCUAUCUUUCUUCUUCUUCUUCGUCUUCUCAGGUCUAGAAUGAACUUAAACCCAAACCUCUUCUUCUCCGAAGAAGAUGGCUCAAAACAAGCUUUUCAAGCAAGAAUCAAUCUCUGUCUUGGACGCUCUGUAUUGCUCGGAGGAGCACUUAGAGGAAGAAGUGGUGGUAGUAGAUAUUUCCCAAGAAUUAGAAGAGGUAGUAGUGGAAGAGAGUUAUUGCAGCAUUAAUGAGUACAUUAAACCAAGCCCUCCAAUCUUGCUUGACCAAGACCUUGUCUGGGAGGAUGACGAGUUAAUCUCUUUACUCGCUAAAGAAAAGCAAAAUGAACAGUGUAAUAAUACCCUUCAAACAAACCGAUCUCUGUUGGAGUCUCGAGGAGAAGCUGUGGAGUGGAUUCUUAAAGUCGUAGCUCACUACUCUUUCUCUGCUCUAACUGCCGUUCUUGCUGUCGAUUAUCUCGAUAGGUUUCUCCUUACUAGCUUCCAUGUUCAGACAGAGAAGCCAUGGAUGACCCAGCUAGCUGCUGUAACUUGUCUUUCUCUCGCUGCGAAAGUGGAAGAGAUCCACGUGCCCCUUCUACUAGACUUUCAAGUGGAGGAAAGCAAGUACUUGUUUGAAGCUAAAACAAUUAAAAGAAUGGAGCUUUUGGUGCUGUCCACUCUUCAAUGGAAGAUGAAUCCUGUAACCCCAAUUUCAUUUCUUGAUUUCAUCAUUAGGAGACUUGGUUUAAAAGAUCAUCUCUGCUGGGAAUUCCUUAAAAGAUGUGAGAGCAUUGUUCUCUCUGUCAUAACAGAUUCUAGGUUCAAGUCAUUUCUUCCAUCUAUAAUGGCUACCGCUACAAUGCUGCAUGUAGUCAGUAGUAUAGAGCCCUGUCUUCAAGUCGAGUACCAAAAACAACUAUUGGGUAUUCUCAGAAUCGACAAGGACAAAGCCGAGGAUUGUUGUAAGUUCAUAUUGGAGUUGGCACCUCCAAUCUGCCGAGGCAACCAAUCAAACAAGCGUAAGUUUGGCUUAAUUCCAGGUAGCCCAAGCGGCGUCAUGGACGUGUUGUUUAGCUCUGACAGCUCGAACGACUCGUGGGCCUCGGCGUCAUCGGUGUCUUCGCCGGAGACUCUGUCCAAGAAGAAGAUAAGGGCCCAGCAGGAUCAACUUAAUGCAGAUUAGCUAAGCAUUCCUCGCUAAUUCUAGCUCCAUUUUUUUCGCUCUAUUUCUUAUUCCUAUGCACCCGACGCAUGCGCAGCGGUUUUUUUUUCUUCUAAACUUCGAAUAAUAUUUAUAUAUAUACGAAUGAAAAUAUGUUCUUUA